GUUCACAACACGGGAAUGUUCUGGUUCAAUGGUGACAGAAUGAUGCUAGUGGUGACGAUUGGUCAGGAUUAUCGACUUGUCGUCUUUUGAUUGGUUCUAAUUGCGAGCUUGCAUCAGCUGUAUUUCUAAUUAUAUCAUGGAAUUCCCCAGACUUUCUUUCUCGGCUUCAUGUAUAAUAUACAGGACCCCUUCUCGUAGUCGAGCUGACGUGUUUGAUUCAAGACUUGUAAAACAGAAAACACAGCUACAUUCUCGCGAUGGACAACAUCCUAUUUGGAGUUCUUUUGUUCAUUAUCGUGCUAGUAAUUAUUGUAAUUACUAUUGACGGAUGCAUCAUCCACUAUCGGUGUUGUAGGGAUGACCACAAGUACAGGAAACUGAACACCAACACAGGCGAAUACGACAAUGAUAUUCCUGAAGGAUUCAGACUUCAAACAUGGGGUAAAUGCCAAGGAUGCGAAGUCUAAACUGGAAUGUUUUCUGGAACAAAAGGAACAAGAACGAAAGAGGUGUAAUGGCAGCAUGACACUGACAAUCAUAACAGGGAAAGGUAACCACAGCCCUCAUGGACACCCCGUUCUGAAGCCGGUAGUCAAGAAAUACCUGGAAAACAACGGCUACACACAUAAUGUAGAUCCCCAAAAUACGGGUCGUCUCUUUGUUCAGCUACCAUGAUGUAGUUUAAGGAAGGAUUUUUCGCCUCCUCCGUGGUAGAGCGUCCGCCCCGGGAGGGGAAGGUCCAGGUUACCAAAAGACGUUAAAAGAUGGUACUUGUUAUUACCCUGUCUUGCGCUCGGCAUCUAAUGAAAUUAUGUGUGCCAAUCCUCAUAUUACGACUGGAGACAUUUUCUGAUGAUAGUAUUGAUAUAAUAGUAUAAAUAAUAAAUAAAACAUUUCGUCA